ACGUAACUGCAUCAUUCCAAGAAGCACCAUUCAUAACCAAACUCCUGAACCUUUCUCGCUUAUCCGGCUAAGGAAGUUGCAGCUUUAUCAUCUAUGCUAAGGGCGAUACGCUGAGAAUGGAGUAUCGACCCUUAGACAUAACUGUGAUAUCUGCAACAGAUCUGAAAAAUGUGAACAUUUUCAUGAAAAUGGCGGUUUUUGUGGAGGUUUACAUAAGCGGUGAACAUGAGGAGUCACCAAAGACGAAGCGCAAGACACAUAUGGACAGGAGCGGGGGCUGUGAUCCAGAAUGGAACCACAGGUUCAAGUUCACCGUUGAGGAAGCUUCCAUUUUCAAGAGUUUCAUCAACUUUUAUCUCAAGGCGGAACGUGGACUUGGUGAUAAGGUUGUUGGAGUGGUUCGGAUUCCUCUUAUGGAUCUCCUUCAAGAUUCUAAAGAUAACAAGACAUCGCAGGACACAGAGGCAGAGUAUCAGGUCUCAACAACAGCAGGAAAGGCUAAAGGAAGCCUUAAAAUUUCCUUUAGGUUCGGAGAAAAAUUUGUACAACAGGUUGAGGCUAAUCCCCCUGUCACAAAUACUGCUGCACUUCCUGAGGUAUAUUCACCACCGAAAUCUAAUGGAACUGAUGUUGCUGGUAAUGGUGGAUAUUAUCUACCACCCCCAGGUAAUGGAACGGAUGCUGGUCAUGGGGGAUUUUUUAUUCCCCCAUACGCGUUGCAUGCACAGCCAGGGGCGGUACCAGGAAAAUUCCCGGUUCCACCAGGGUAUAGUUAUCGAGGAUAUGGCGGUGGAGGUUAUAUUUAUCCAUAUGCUCCAGCUUUUUACCCACCGCCUCCUGUCUAUAGCUAUCCAGGACAGCUUGUGGCAUAUGCGUAUAAUCCUGUCCAGCAGCCUGAUCCAGUGCCAGAAAAGAACGAAAAAUCAGGAUUUGGUAUGAACGAAAAAGCUGGAAUGGUAGCAGAAGUUUUGGUUGGGGAUGUAGUAUCCGAGGCUGCAGAAAUGGCACUGGAGGAUGCUGCAGAGGCCCGUAAUGAAGAUAUAGAUGUCGGAAAUACAGAUGCCAUAGAUGUCAGACAUACAGAUGAUACAGAUGUCAGAGAAACAGAUGAAUGAGGUUGUGUAACAUAGAGAAAUGGCGGUGGAAGGCAAUUUUGGUCGCUUAGUGGAAUGAGGUUGAUAUAUUUUAACAUCCUUCAUUAAGUUUUUGAAACUAGAGUUGAUCAUUGAUUUUGUCACUCUCUUUCUCUACAUGUAUGCAACUAAUAGCAUACAUUGUGAUGAGGAUCCACUGGUAAACUUGUUAAUCAUAGAUUUUAGGAGUUUCAUGUGGACUCGCUGCAAUAUAUGCUGAAUAUUAGUGCAGCAAAGUAUUGAGAUUGUAUAUCUGGCUAUCAUGUAACUGUAAGCAUUUAUAAUGUGUUCCAAAUUCUA